UCCGGUGCAUGCAAGUUAAGAUAAAGCCCAACGGAAGUGUUACUGUCUGCACCGAUAAACCCUCACUCGUUUUCUAUGCGACAGUUUGCUUAAAAUGUUCCUUAAUGCAGUACUUAUUUUUUUGUUCUCUGGUUAUGCCACCAACGCAAAGUUUUAUCACAACAUCACAGAUUUCGCAAAAUGCAAAAUUUAUUAUUCACGUUCCGGGAGCGUCUAUAAAGACUUCUUCGAGCUGAACGAAGAGCCUCAAAACGGCAGUCUCUUAGAUUUUCAUUUCUCGGUGAUGUCUCCCAGCGAUGCUCAUAUUCUCCUAGCACCAUCAAGCAAUUUACAAAAAGGAGACCCUGUUUAUGAGAUAGUGAUCGGAGCUGGGGGUAACACGUUCUGCGACAUCCGCAGAAUGCAAAAAUCGGGCGUCAAAGCCACCGUGAGAGUGAAGGGGUUGUUAACUGCCCUGGACCCACAAUCGUUUUGGAUUCAUAUCAGUGAAGAUGGGGUAAUUGAGGUGGGGAAAGAAGGCGAAGAACUGGCGUUUCUGUCAUGGAUUGAUCCAGAUCCUUUGCCUUUGAAAGUGUUCAGUUUUAGCACCUGGCCAGGAAUUGAGGCAAAGUGGUUCUUUGAUUGUCCGCGUGAGAAAAACGGAACCGAAAAUUCCAAGAUGAUAGAAAAACCUCUGACACCGUUGGAAAAAUUAAGGCAAGAUCUCUUAUUUUAUUACGACCCGUAUGUUCGGCCCGUUAAAAAUGCAACAACUAUCACUACGGUUGGGCUAAAAUUGGGCACAAAUAUUGUGACUCUGAACGAGUACAAGUCGGUUUUACAAUACAGCGGGACGAUUUCAUUGACAUGGCAUGAUGAGAAAUUACACUGGAACACCUCCGAGUAUGGCGAUAUUAACACCCUCCAUAUUUUCCGUCGGGAAAUUUGGAUUCCCGAGCUAUUUCUCUUCAAUGCGAUUGCUGAAAACGGCGAGCUCUUGGAGGACACAAUGUUAACAGUGAACUCAACCGGACACGUCAAAUGGAUCACAACAAUCAACAUUAACUCCUGGUGCAGUCCGGACGAUCUCGGCCGAUGGCCAAGGGAUGAACACCAGUGUGACAUAGUUUUGGGUUUUUUCAACGAAUUCCAAAACCUUCAACUAGCGUUCAAUGCAAAUGAAAGCACAUUUAACUGUCCGUAUUCCUCCAGGUGGGCGAUUCUAGAAGUUGAGAGUUUCUCAAACAGAGGUUGGCAAAACUCCUCCGUCCGAAAUUUAAAUAAUUUUGACCCUCCGGGGCUCACGUUGCAUCUCAAGUUGAGGAGAACGUCCAACUCUUACACCAUUAUUCUGUUUACUCCAUUUUUCAUUGUUGCAGUGUCUUUACUGACUACGUUCUGGGUCUCACCUUUCGGAUACCUGAAAUUAUCCUUAGCCUGUUUGCCGCUAGUUGUAUCAUCGGUUGUUUUGCUUACUCUCGGAAUUUUAAUUCCGACACAUUCGCAGCAAGUGCCAAAUCUUGUUUUAUUGUACAGCUACAGUUUGGUCGCAAUCAUGCUUUGUAUCGUAAUUGAGACGUUUGUUAUUAACAUAUCGCGGAACCAGCAAAGCUGCGCUCUCCCUCAUUUUGUAACAAAAAUAUUGCUUUCAGUUUUCUUAAAAAUGUUCCUCUGUUUACCGGCCGUAAAAUCUUCGAAACAGUACGGAAAUCUGAACGAUUCGCUAAAAUCGAAGGAAAGUCACCAAACCAUGUGGAUUUUUCUGGGUGUUGUGAUCGAUCGAGUUGCGUUUUUCGUGUAUUUAGGUUUCGUAGUUUACGCACUUUGUGUUACUUAUUAGAGUUGGGCGAAAAUAAAACUGUUGUUAGAUUGGCAA